AUGAAGCAUAAGAGAGCCAACCAUAGAAAAUCCAGGACUGGGUGCAUCACCUGCAAGAUCCGGCACGUCAAAUGUGACGAACAAAAGCCUGAAUGCCAGCAAUGUACCAAGACCGGUCGCAAGUGUGACGGCUACGAUCCAAACCGCACGAAUCCACAAGCCGAACAGAAGAACACUGCUGUCGAAGGGGCGGCAGAUGUGAGGACCCAGCUCGGGGUCGACCAGCGUCUUGUCCUGCGGCCAGGCACUCGAGAAGAGCGCCGGUACAUCGACUUCUUUUCCACCCAGACAUCGCGAGCACUGGCGGGAUUCUUCAACUCGAAUCUCUGGCGCUCUUUUCUGCCCCAACUGAGUCACUCCCAAGCUGCUGUUAGACAUGCGGUGGUCGCCUUGGGCGCUCUCCACGAAUAUGUUUAUGUCCUUCUCGCUCGAGGCGACUUCGAUCCCCGACAGAAGCUCCCCUUCCAAAAUGAGCAGUUUAUUGUUCAGCAGUAUAAUCAGGCUAUUCGCCAUCUGGUGGUACAUCUCGCAUCGCCGAAUCAGGUGCCACACUUAACGUUGAUAACAUGCUGUCUGUUUAUCUGUCUGGAAAUUCUGCGAGGGCAGCAUGACAGGGCUCUGGACCAUAUCGAGUCUGGCUUGAAGAUUCUCCGGCGUUGGCAGCCUGGAGAUCAGCGACAGGCGCAAUCCGACGGGCUGGGCCGCGAGCUCUCGUACAUGGGCAUUCGCUGGAAUAUCCAGCUCUCCAUGUAUGGGCGACAGAUGAUCUCGCUGGAUUUUGCCCAGGCAGACGAUGCAGCUGCAGCGUCACAGCAAAUCUCAUUCAGCACUAUCGCAGAGGCCCGGCAUGCCCUGGAUCUCCUGAUCAACCGAACGAUGAGUUUUAUCCAAACCCUGGGAACCGACACGAGUACGCAAGGUGCACUAUGGCAACAGCAACAACAGCAGCAGCAGCACUCCCUCCAGGAAGAAAUGAAGUUGUGGCUGGACUCUUUCGAAAGUCUGAUGAGGCGAUACGGUCAGAGUCAGAAACAGAACGAUCCGCGCGCGCCGGUGCUCCUUCGUAUGCAUCACCGCGUAGUUCGACUGCGGCUGGACGUGUGUCUUUCGCAGAAUGAACUCGUAUAUGAUGAGCAUGACGAAGACUUCGAAGCAACCAUUGCAUAUGCCGAGCAACUAAUUCAUCUUAGCGGUACCCUUGACCGGGACUCGUUGCUGUACGUCUUCUCGCUGGAAACCGGACUCAUAUCUCCGCUGUACUACACAGCCACCAAAUGCCGCAAGCCCUUGAUUAGAAGACAGGCGAUCCGGCUUCUGUACCGUUCUCCACAGAAAGAAGGCCUCUGGAGUAUGCGGCAGUAUGCCCGGAUCGCCCAGGUCGUUGUGCAGGCCGAGGAGGAGCAUAUGGGUGAUUUACCAGUGGACCAGCGCAUUCCGGUAGACAAUCACCGUGCCUACAGCGCAAGCAUUGAGAACAGGACCUGUCAGUCUUGCAGAUUGAUCUUGAUGAGGAAACCAGAGGGAUGUGAUGCAGCGUGGCGCUCAGACAGCAGACACGUAAAUUUCGUGGGUGAGGAUAUCCAGUUGGAGGGCUUGUGA